ACGACUCGUUUGAUACCAAAUGGAGGCUCAGCAGCCUGGACAGAUUCAUCCAACGGACUAUGGUCAUUUCGUGGUGAAUGUCCUAGCGCGCAUGACUCACGAGAGUGGGUCAAUUGAUCAAGCUAUCCUACGGCGUGCCAUCAAUCUGGCGUCUUCAUACCUUGUGACUGAUACGAGCAUGAACCCUGGGCAGGGGAUGAGCACAUGGUACACUGGGUUCACCCGCCUCGUCGAUGUCCUGGUCGUGCUGCACAGUCGAGGGGAGCUGGAACUGGAGACGGUAAACGACGCUUCGAAGGCAUGCUCUGAGUGCUGGAGUGUGGCGGGGACGUGGAGAGGGAUGGACGAAUGUCGAGAUGGGGUGCGCGCGGUUGCGGGGAAGUUGAAGAGUUUGUUAGAUGAGAAUGGAAGGACUUAUCGAGGACAAAAGGUCUAUGCGCCCAACAGUUGAACAUGUCCGGGGUGCAACGGGGGUUUAGAUGCGUUCUAAAAAAGGGUUAUACCAUCAA